CAUUUCCAGGCAUGGCACCUUGAGCGCGAUGUCUCUGACUCUGUGGCAGUUCAAGUUCUUCGACGUCACGCAGGUCAAGCUCCCCGACGAUGAGAGCUCCUUCCUCGCUGAGCCAGGAAACAUCACAUCGGUCGCAUCGGGCUCGGAAAGUGUCUUCUUCGGCAGCGCUGAUGGCUUCGUUCGCAUCCUCUCGCAGGCCUUCAAGGUCGUGCGGUCCUUCAAGGCCCAUGAUACGGGCGCUAUUACGCACAUGAAGCAGGUCCAGGGCACAUCACUACUUGUCACCAUAGCCGAGGACCUGUCUAACGAACCUGUUCUGAAAGUAUGGGCCCUGGACAAGCUAGAAAAGAAGUCCGGCAUCCCUCGAUGCCAAAGCACCCUCACAAUCCAAAACGGUCGGAAGCAGUUUCCCAUUUCCGCAUUUGCAGCCCUCGAAGACCUUUCGCAACUUGCCGUUGGGUUUGCUAAUGGCGCAGUAACGGUCGUGCGGGGCGAUCUCAUACAUGAUCGUGGCGCGAGACAGCGGACCGUCUUCGAGUCAGAGGAGCCCAUCACCGGUAUCGAGUUCCGGGAAGGAACCACCACCACUUUAUAUAUCGCGACCACGGGACGCAUCUUAACCUUGGUGAUAUCGGGCAGGGGCCAAGGGCAACCGGCAAAAUCCCUUGACGAGACAGGCUGUGGUGUCGGCUGUAUGGCAGUCGACAAAGCUACACGUGACGUGGUUGUGGCGAGAAACGACGCCAUCUACUACUACGGCCUCCAUGGCCGAGGACCGCCGUUCGGUUGUGAGGGGGAAAAGAAGAUGAUUACAAUAUUUAAGGACUAUGUUGUGAUAGUAUCUCCCCCAAAGACGAACGCAAUGCCUCGCACAAAUCCUUUGAGGGCCUUUGGAAUUGGAGCUUCUGACGAUGUUUUCAACACCUCGACCUUCACACUUCUUAACACCGAGUCGAAAUUUGUGGCACACCAAGAACAAAUAUCGUCGCAAGUGAAAGCCAUUGUGUCGGAAUGGGGUGACCUCUUUGUGCUUACCAUGGAUGGGAAGAUCUUCCGGUACCAUGAGAAGCCUUUUGCACAGAAGCUCGAUAUCUUGUACCAGCGCAAUCUCUACAUCCUAGCUAUCAACCUUGCACAGAGGGCAGGUCUCGACUCGUCGCAGCAAAACGUUAUCCUGCGAAAGUUCGGCGAUUAUCUCUACCAGAAGCAAGACUACGACCUGGCAAUGCAACAGUACCUUAAGGCCAUUGAUAAUACUGAGCCUUCACAAGUAAUCCGCAAAUUUCUCGAUACCCAGAGAAUCCACAACCUGAUCGAGUAUCUCGAAGAGCUGCAUGAUCACCACAAAGCAACAUCCGAUCAUACCACCCUUCUUCUAAAUUGUUACGCAAAGCUCAAAGAUGUCGAUAAGCUUGAGGAGUUCAUCAAAUCUCCGGGAGAUUUGAAAUUCGAUCUUGAUACUGCGAUCUCUAUGUGUCGUCAAGGGGGCUACUAUGACCAAGCUGCGUACCUAGCCAGAAAGCAUAGUGAACAUGAGCUCGUCGUGGACAUUCUAAUAGAAGACUCGAAACGAUAUGCUGAAGCAUUGGCCUACAUCUGGCGGUUAGAGCCUGAAGUGGCUUACUUCAACCUAAUGAAAUAUGCCACCGUGCUCCUUCAACAAUGCCCCAAAGACACGACUCAGAUCUUCAUUGACUACUAUACUGGCACUUUCCGACCCAAGAAAGAUGCUAUCGUAAUCCCUAACGCCCCGGUGUCAUCGGGGAUGGGUAUAAGUAUUGCCUCUAAUGCAGUCCAGAAUCUUGCUGCUCUCCUUCCUCUUCCGUACAUGAAUGUCAGUAAUGUACAAUCUCCUCCUUCUGCUGGCGAACAAAAGACGACUUUAAGCCAGGCUCAGAUUGUCGAGACGAGCAUCGACGAACCACCUCCUGAGUACAAAGCUCCAAAGCCCCGAACUGCCUUCUCUGCCUUUGUAGAUCACCCUCAGGAAUUUAUCGUGUUCUUAGAGGCGUGCAUUAAAUCCGAGAAUCUUAGAGAGGACGACAAGGUCGAUCUCUAUACCACAUUGUUCGAAAUGUACUUACACACUGCCUCUUCCAAGAAAGAUAGCGAACGACAAGAAUGGGAAAACAAGGCGAAGAAGCUCGUCGAGGGAAAGAAUAUCCCGAUCGAUACCUCUAAUGUCCUUUUACUCUCCCACCUCUCCAACUUCCGAGACGGCACGAUCUUAGUGUGUGAACAACAGGGUCUCCACUUCGACAUCUUCCGUUCAUAUACAUCCACCCAAGACACCCAAGGCGCAAUUCGAGCCCUAAGAAAAUACGGCCCAGAGGAACCAGCACUGUAUCCAGCAGCCCUGGCAUACUUCACAUCUGACCCAGAAAUCCUGGCGGAAGCCGGCGAAGAGUUACAUGCUGUGCUGAAAAAGAUUGACGACGACGGGCUUAUGGCGCCUCUCCAGGUCAUACAAACAUUAAGCACAAACGGUGUCGCGACCAUGGGCAUGAUCAAGAAAUACCUCGCUACAACCAUCGAACGCGAGCGACAAGAAAUCGCAACAAACCGGCGCACAAUCGAAACCUUCCGCUCCGACACUGAAGCCAAGCAGAUGGAACUCAAUAGCCUCGCCACCAAACCAGUCGUCUUCCAAGCCACCCGCUGUAAGAUCUGUCCGCAUCCGCUCGAUCUCCCCGUCGUGCAUUUCUUGUGCAAGCAUUCUUUCCAUCAGAGGUGUCUGAGCACGGAUGAAGAUGUUGAGAAUGAGAGUGUCGAGUGUCCGAUUUGUAGUCAGCAGAAUCAAACAGUGAGGACGAUUAGAAAGGCCCAAGUGGAGAGUGCGGAGAGGCAUGAUAUGUUUUUGGAUGCUUUGAGGAGAGGGAAAGAUGGUUUUGCAGUUGUGAGUGAGUGGUUUGGAAGAGGUGUUAUGGGAAUCGGUGCUACCGAGUAGUAAGGACAUAGAUUUGGUACUGAUAACACUUGCAUGGGAAGACCUUGGGCCUGUUGUUCUUUGUGUCAACAGAUGGUGAGUAAAUUGUGCUUCCUGUCGCUAAAGAGAAUGCGACUCAUGGACCAAUGUUAAUAGAACGC